GGCGCGCGCGGGCGGCGGGGGCCGCGGGGUUGGAGCGGGCGCGGGGGCGCGCGCUGUCCUGACGGACGGACUGACGGACACACGGACGGAGCAGCAGAGGCGAGCGCGCAUCUCAGACCAGCCCGGACGCAGCGCUCGCCCGGCGGCGGCGGCGGCGAUCCCCGGCUCCGGUCCGGCGGCCGCAGCGCUGCCCUCGCCCGCGCCCCAUGGGGUCACAGAGUGUGUAGGAGAGGCGGCGCCGAGGCUUCCCGAUGAACAACCGGAAGGAAGAUAUGGAAAUCGCGUCCCACUACCGGCACCUGCUGCGCGAGCUGGACGAGCAGAGGCAGCACGGCGUCCUGUGUGACGCGUGCGUCGUGGUCGAGGGCAAGGUGUUCAAGGCCCACAAGAACGUGCUGCUCGGCAGCAGCCGCUAUUUCAAGACGCUGUACUGCCAGGUGCAGAAGGCGUCCGAGCCGGCCACGGUCACGCACCUGGACAUCGUCACCGCCCAGGGCUUCCAGGCCAUCAUCGACUUCAUGUACUCCGCCCACCUGGCCCUCACCAGCCGGAACGUCAUCGAGGUCAUGUCCGCGGCCAGCUUCCUGCAGAUGACGGACAUCGUGCAGGCGUGCCACGACUUCAUCAAGGCCGCGCUGGACAUCAGCAUCAAGCCGGACGCCUCGGACGAGCUCUCGGAGUUCGAGAUGGCCGCCCCGCCCGGCAGCAGCGCCGACGCGCUCCUCUCCGCCGUGAUGGCCGGAAGGAGCAUCUCCCCGUGGCUGGCUCGGCGCCCCAGUCCCACCAAUUCUUCCGGAGACUCGGCCAUCGCCAGCUGUCACGAGGGAGGAAGCAGCUACGGCAAAGAGGACCAGGAGUCCAAGGCCAACAGCGCCGACGACCUGUCCUCGCAGGCGCUGUGGCCCGGCGACGCGGGCUGCGGGCCUCUGCGCGUCAAGGAGGAGCAGAGCUCGCCCUCGCACUGCGGAGGGGGCGAGCCGCAGAACCCUUUCUCUGAGCAGGCCGCAGGGGAUGGCUGGCAGCCCACGGGCCGAAGGAAGAAUCGGAAAAACAAAGAGACCGUCCGGCACAUCACGCAGCAGGUGGAGGACGAGAGCCAGGCCGGGUCCCCGGUGCCAGCCUUCUCGCAGACGUCCGGGCAGCCCUUCAGCGGCCGGGACUCCGAUGCAGAGCUGACCGUCGCCGAGGCCAGCAGCUCCGACAGCCGCGGGGACAGGGUGGACCCCUGUGCCCACGUGGACGAGGGCUUCCUGGGGGCAGAAGCCAGCUACCUGGGCCGGCCCCUCACCCCCGAGAAGGACGAGGCGCUGCAGCAGGCCACCGCCGUGGCCAACCUGCGGGCGGCGCUCAUGAGUAAGAACAGCCUGCUGUCCCUCAAGGCCGACGUGCUCGGGGACGACAGCGCCCUCCUGCUGGAGUACCUGCCCAAGGGCACCCACUCCCUGUCUCUCAAUGAGUUCACGGUCAUCAGGAAGAAGUUCAAGUGCCCGUACUGCAGCUUCUCGGCCAUGCACCAGUGCAUCCUCAAGCGCCACAUGCGCUCCCACACGGGCGAGCGGCCCUACCCCUGCGAGAUCUGCGGGAAGAAGUUCACCCGGCGCGAGCACAUGAAGCGGCACACGCUGGUGCACAGCAAGGACAAGAAGUACGUGUGCAAGCUGUGCAGCCGCGUGUUCGUGUCGGCCGCCAGCGUGGGCAUCAAGCACGGCUCGCGGCGGCACGGUGUGUGCGCCGACUGUGCGGGCCGCGGCGGGGCCGGGCCGCUGGGCGGCGCCGGGGCCGCGGGCUCCCCAGAGCCGCUCUCCGGCGACGGGCCCUACCUGGAGGACCCCGACGACCCCCGCGGGGACGGCGAGGAGGAGCUGGGCGAGGACGAGGACGACGGCCUGGCCCCCGAGGACGCGCUGCUGGGGGAGGACAAGGACCAGGACUCGCCCCGGGGGCCGGCGGGCAAGGACUUUGCCUGGAUCUCCUAGGCCCUGGGCGGGCACCAGGGUGCUGGCUGUGCCACCCUCCGUCUGUGUGUGCAUGCUUAGGGUCUCCCUGGCCCGGGAGGGCAUCGGAGCCGCUGCCCCUCCUCCCGGCCCCUUGGUUCUGUCCUGCCCCGGACCUGCCCGAGGGCCAGCCCCGUGGUCUCGGGAGCAGGUGUGGCCUCCGCCCCGGGGGCUGCGGGAUCAAACACGAAGUUGGUGGGGCACAGGGAGGUCCCCACCUGUCAUCUUUGGGGGCAGAGAGUCCCCCAAGGGGCCCGGCCUGGGGCACUGAUGGCGUAAUGGCCAGGCCAGGUCAGCACUGCUUGGGUGUCGGAGUGGCCCCGAGGUCACAGGUCCGAGAUAUGAGGAGCUCUGACCCCAGGGCCCGGCUCCGCAGCGCUCGCUGCCUGCGGCCCUCGCUCCGAGGCGCCGUGGCCCGGGCGCCUGGGAGCCCCUGCACAGCCCGGGCCUGGCUCUGGGCGCGGUGCUCGCACGGAGCAGCGGCCGCCCCGCUGGCCGGGCUCCCAGGUGCUAACUGCUGGGGGCGGGGCUGGGCCCAGGGUCCCACGCUGUUCCAUGUGCACUUCUUUGGGGCGCCCCCGCGCCUGUCCCCUGGCUCUCCAUGCCUGCUGCCCCCCGGAACCAGCCCUGCUGCUGCUAACACUGGAGGCGGCGUCCUGCUGCCACGCACUGCCACGCCCGCGACGGCUGGCCACGCCGAUGGGCCCACGGUGCGGCUGCUGGCUUCCCUCCUCGCACCUGGCCGCAGGGUCUCCGUGGUGCGUGGCCAGGCCCUCGUGCUGCCUUUCGGCGCUCACAGCCUGCUCUCCUCUCUUCCGGGCGAAAAGCACCGGCCUGGCGCUGUUACUCAGACCUCCCGCCUCCCUGCCUCCAGGCACAGCACAGGCCCCUGCGAGGGCUCCGGUGCCACACAGAGCGUGGCUUUUCCUCUGCCCAGACUGAGCCCGAGGCUUUUACCAAGUUCCUAUUGCGUCACAUCUAUUCCCGGUGGACCCCGCGCGCCCUGUGGGUUCGGCCCCGAGGUUCCCCUGCAGGGGCUGGGGCCGCCCCGCCCAGGUGGGCGCGUGGGACAUGGUGCUGUCCUUGAAGUCCUGCCCCCGGGAGAAGCCGCGCUUUUGCUUUUACUUAUUUAUUUUUUAAGUGAGAUCAGCCGCCGUCCCAUCCGUGGCAGAGGACACUCGGAAGGGCUGCUGCCCAGCUGCCUGCGCCCGCUUCCCUUGGCUGCAGACCCUGAGCCCGACACUGUCCUUAAGAGGAACGGCCACGGUUGUCCACUCUCCUGCGGGGUGGCCAGGCCGUGCGAGGGCUUUUGGGCAUGUUUCCUGCCUGUCAGCAGUGAGGCCCAGCCGAGCCCCCACUGGGCUCUCAGAACUUGUACUUCCCCCCCCUUUCUAGCCCUUUUUCUAAACAGACCUCCUUUCUUAUAGAACACGUUUGAAAACAGACCUUUGCAGCCGACAGGUGUCUCUGGUUCUGUGCCGGUCCACCUCAGGCCACCUGCCCACGCCAGGGCCACCUCCACUCAGGACACCUGCUGUCUGCGCUGCACACUGCCCCUGCUGACCCGGGGCUCACGCCCAUGCCACGGGCAUUUCCUUCCCAACACCACCCUGCUGGGAAGCCAGGGCCCCAUGUGCAGGCGUAGCAGCGACGGGAUGGAGACACAUACCGCCUCUCAGGAGGGCAAGUGUCACGAAGGGUCAUUUCAUGUGACUGAUCUUUUUUUUAAAUCAAUGUCUAAGCUAAUAAAUAUUUUUUUUAUGAAGAGGAAAAACUGUGUAGAUUACAUUUCACAUUUUGUACUUUUUCAUUUGUAUUUUGGUGUUGGUGAUGCCGAAGUGGGACACACAGCCCACUGGGUGGCCUGUGGGGGUGACGGGGAACCCACCGACGUUUGUAUUAAGCUCUGGAUCCUGACCAGGGUGCUCAUUUGGACCCUGGGUUUUGGGAAAGUCACAACACUGCCAGGACUCAAUAGGGACCUUGACUCAAAAGACACAGCUCCUGCUUCCAACUUUGCACAUAUCUCU